AUGGACAGAGUCAACAAAAUUCUUGUCUUUCUCUCGCUAUAUCUACAGAGUCAUAUCAUGGAACAACCGAAACGUUCAGCUGCCCGAGUCCAGCAUCUUUCCGUACGACUCAUACCUUCUCUGGUGACACCGAUACGUACGCCCACUGCGACUGGUACCGCCGAGCCGCGCAGUAGUUUCGAAUGGCGAGUCGGCACUUACUGCGAAGGGACUACGGCCCUGUUUACCCACUGGACAGAAGGCGGCUCUGGCUAUUCAUCCUCGAUGAUUUGCAACGGCGAUUGCGUGGCUGUCAAGUUCUGCGAUGACUCCAUUGGUGUUUCAUCCGGUUUCAGCACAUUAUUCGUCGACGAUCCGACAGACUGGGACACCACGACCGAAAGCACGACAACUACGAGCGAGUCUACGAGCGAGUCAUUGACCACUGUAACCGAUAGUGAAUCGUCAACGGAGACUGAGACCACUUCAUCCGCCACGUUUCCGUCAAGUACAUCGGAACCAGAAGAAGCAGAGAGUCCCACUGAUGAAGGGACCAAAGGCGGUGGUGGGCCGAGUGGAGGUGUUAUCGCUGGUGCUGUAGUUGGCUCGAUCGCAGGCGUAGCACUUAUUGUCGGUGUCAUCAUCUUGGCUUUCAAGAUGGGAAGAAGAAGCCGAGGUGAUGACGAAGGGCCGGGUGCCGGGUUCAGAGAUUCAUUGAGGUCUAUACCGAUGCCGACCUCGGGGUCCCAUCAACCUGAGCCGAAGCCGACUGUCCCAGUCAUCCAGCCGGUAUUUGUGGAAGAAAGCCAGCCUUACCGCAAUAACAGUGAGAAUUAG